AUGGCGAAAGCCUCAUCGAACGCCGACGUGUGCCUCUACCUCCUCGCCAUCCUCCUCCCCUUCGUCUCGGUCUUCCUGAAGCGCGGUUGCAGCGCCGACGUCCUGAUCAAUAUCCUGCUCUGCGUUCUGGGCUGGAUCCCUGGCGUGAUCCACGCGUGGUAUGUCAUUGGGAAGCAUGAUCCGGCGAACUACUAG